AUGAGUGAUGGGAGGAAAAAGUUGAGCGGAGCGGAGUACAGAAAGCGAGCUAAAGAAAAGACCGAGAAACAAGAUGAAGUCAUAAAAAAAAUGAACAAAUUAGAGGCGUUUUUCAAGAAACCGGCGGUAAGUAUAACUGACCCCGAGAACGAUCAUUACUCUUCUCCACCGUGUGCGAUGAUUAAAACUAUUGACGGUGCAAAUACCGAACAACCCGAUACAAGUACUUCAAGUACUUGCAGUAACCAAACCGUGGCUUCCAUAGUUCACGCUGGCGCUACUGCCGACAUUCUCACGGAAUCGCUGAACAAUGCGAAAAAUGAAAAUAAUACGCUUGAUGUGAGCAAAGAUCCGGCUCAAUGGCUCAUAAACGAUAAGACUAGGGACUGGAUAGCGAUUAAUGGAGUACAGCAAAAUAUGCAUGUUGAUUUUUCUCAAAGCCAGCGCCUAUACGAAGACCGCACGCGCCAUUUGUCAAAAUCUUUGUUUGAAAGGCAACUCUUGAAUGGAGAGAAAGCUCACCGAAGCUGGUUAAUUUAUUCUCCAAGCGCCGGUCGAGUUUAUUGCGGACCAUGUCUUGCGUUUGGUGGUGGGACCCAGUUCGGCAGUGCAGGGUUUAAUGAUUGUAAGAACGCUAACAGUCGAGUGGCACAACACGAGAAUUCCGCAACCCACAAAUUAUGCAUUUUGUCUAUGAAGGAGAGAGGAAAUAUUCUCGGUCGAAUUGAUCAGCGGCUGACAGCACAGCUUGAUGAUGAAAUAACGUAUUGGAGGAACGUUUUGAAACGCGUAGCGGCAACUAUAAAAGCUCUAGCAUCGCGAGGACUACCAUUCAGGGGUCACGACGAAAAGUUCGGUUCAUCCAACAACGGCAAUUAUUUAAUGACUCUGGAGCUACUGGCUGAAUUUGAUCCAUUUCUGGCUGACCAUAUUUCGAGGUAUGGCAAUCCGGGUAGUGGACGUACAAGUUAUAUGUCGUCGACGAUUUGCGAUGAAUUUAUCAAACUUAUGGCCGAUACAGUGCUUCAUACUAUUGUCAGUGAGAUCAAAUCAGCGAAAUACUUCUCCAUGAUCGUAGACUCUUCACCAGACAUGUCUCAUGUUGAUCAACUAACGUUUGUGAUCCGUUACGUUCAAAGCGAUGGUUCCCCGAUUGAACGCUUCCUGCAAUUUUUUCCCAACACCGGGCAUAAAGCGCUAGAGAUGACAGACGCUAUCACUUCAGCCUUGAACAAAUUUGACAUUGAGAUCUCAAAUUGUCGUGGUCAGUCAUAUGACAACGCUGCCAACAUGUCCGGCGUUUACAAUGGACUGCAGGCACAUAUUAAAAAACUGGCUCCGAAAGCAGCGUAUGUUCCCUGUGCAGCUCAUUCGCUAAAUGUCGUUGGGCAAUCGGCAGCAGAAAGUUGCGAAGAAGCUUGUUGGUUUUUCGGUCUUCUGCAAGAAGUGUAUAAUUUUUUUACUGCAUCGACACAUCGCUGGGAGAUCUUGGAAGCUCAACGUCGCUCUAAAGAAGACUCGAAAGCGGGAACAAGUACCGUGAAAAGCUUGUCGACAACUCGCUGGUCAGCUCGUGCAGAUGCAUGCAAAAGUUUGUUGGAGUCUUGGCACGAAAUUUAUACAGCGCUGCAAAUCUUUGAAAAAGAUAUCACCGAAAAGCCGAUCAGUCGAUCUGAAGCAAAAGGUAUUCGAUUGAAGCUAAAUCGAUUGGAGACAGCGUUCAUGACCGUUUUCUGGGGUUUUCUACUUAAUCGGUUGAAUAUUGCUAAUCGAAAAUUACAAGCUGUAAACGUCGACAUAUUCACCGCUAUUCAGAUUUACGACUCAUUAAUCGGUCUCAUGUGCGAAACUCGGGAUAACUUCGAUGACUACGAAGAAAAAGCGCUGAAACUGUCUGAAAUAGGAGAAUAUGAAAAAGAAAUGAAGCGCAAAAGAAAAAGAAAACUCCAUUCCGACGAGUCAGCCGAACAAACGGAAAUGAGUGGUCGGGAAAAACUACGAGUCUCCACGUUUUUGGUCAUCAUAGAUCAACUUCUUUGCGAGCUUCGAAAACGACGAGAAGCAUACCAGCAAUUUUAUGAUAAAUUCUCGUUUCUCACAAAUCUGACGACCCUAAGUCCAGUUGAAGUAGAAGAGAAAGCAACAGCGUUAAAAAAUAUUUACUGUUCUGAUCUCGAAGAGGAUUUUGUUGCAGAGUGUCAACAUUUUCGCUGCCAGUGUCUUUCGAGCCGAAGCCAAACCGACACGCCGAUGAUAUUAUUGAAAUGGCUUCAUGAUCAAGAUCUCCACAGCGUUUAUCCUAACGUUGAUAUAGCUCUACGCAUGUGUGUUUGUAUCCCGAUUACGAGCUGUUCCGGUGAACGCAGCUUCUCCUGUUUGCGGCGGGUGAAAAAUUAUUUGCGUUCGACAAUGAACGAGGACAGGUUGAACGCUCUGGCUAUCCUUUGCAUCGAAUCACAGUUGCUGCGGUCAUUGGAUUGUGAUGAUUUGAUAAACAAAUUCGCUACUCAGAAAGCCAGACAGAAGACGCUAUGUAAAUAA